AUGGAUCGCAAAUUGAGACUAGUUAAGCUCAAUAUUAACAGAUUGACAAACGAAAUGGGAAAUAUCGCUCAAGGUACUAUUGAUCUUGAAAAGCUUAAUGAAAAAGAUGAGGGUUAUAAAGCGUUAGAAACUGCUCAGAUGAAAGAGCAACAGACUGCUAGCGAUAUUAUGCAUAAAUAUGAAGCUAAGUUGGUAGUAUUCCGUCAGCAAUUAGAUCUGGAAAAAGCUAACGAAUCUUUACUCGACCCAAAUCGACCCUUUCCGCGUCAUGAGCAGUCUUGCAUGCCGAAAUUAGAGAAGAUUAAAGUUCCUACCGUUGAUGGUGAUAUUUUAUCGUUCGCAAGUUUUAAAGGCAUGUUCGAGAACUUAAUUCAUGACAAUCCGGAGUUAUCUAAUGUGCAAAAGCUCCAUUAUCUAAAGGAAUCGUGCAAAGGUCGUGCAUUCGAACUGAUCAAAAAUUUUCCGCUGAAAGGUGAAGCUUAUGUGCAAGCAUGGGAGUGCAUAAAAGAUCGUUUUGAUAAUCGAAGAGUCAUAAUCAAAACUCUUUUCGAUAAAUUGUAUUUGUUGGAGGAAAUUCGAAAAGAUACUGAGCUUCAAUCGUUAGUCGACUCAGCUGAUGUUAUCGUUCGUGGAUUGGAAGCAGAUAGGAGUAAUGCUGUGCCUGAAUCUAAACCUGGUGUUACUGGUGUGCCGAAAAAAUCGUUCAUUUCAACUGGAAAUUCGUGCAUGUUUUGUGAAAAACCUCACAAGCUCUCCGAAUGUCGAUCGUUUGCUGGUAAAAAACACGAUGAAAAAUACGAAUUGGUCAAAUCCAAAGCAUUGUGUAUUAAUUGA